AUGGAGGCUGAACAUUCUACAGCACUGAAGAAGACUACAGCUCCACAUCCACACCAGGCCCAGACUCAGCAUCCAAAGUUGACUCAAAUCACAGUUCAGCCUUUGGACCUGGAACUUACAAUAGCUACAGAACCUGCUACAGAGCAGAAACCUUCUCCCACCAUGCAGAGGACCCCAACUCAGCCCCCAGAACCACCUAAGGAGGUUGCAACUCAACCUCCAGUGUAUCAAGAGGUGACAGUUUCAAAACCAGGUCAGGAUCAAGCUCAGCCACCAACGUCACCCAGUGUUGCAGUUUGGCCUUUAGACCUGGAGCUUACUGUAACUUCAGUAUCUAGUACAGAGGCCGAACAUUCUACAGCCCUGAAGAAGACUACAGCUCCACAUCCACAGCAGGUGCAGACUCAGCAUCCGAACCUGACUCCAGUUACAGCUCAACCUUUCAAUCUGGCACUUACCAUAACUCCAGAACCCACUAUGGAGGCUGAACAUUCUACAGCACUGAAGAAGACUUCAGCUCCACAUCCACACCAGGACCAGACUCAGCAUCCAAAGUUGACACAAGUCACAGUUCAGCCAUUGGACCUGGAACUUACAAUAGCUACAGAACCUGCUACAGAGCUGAAACCUUCUCCCACCACACCCGGUGUUGCAGUUUGGCCUUUAGACCUGGAGCUUACUGUAACUUCAGUGUCUACUACAGAGACCGAACAUUCUACAGCCCCAAAGAUGACUACAGCUCCACAUCCACAGCAGGUGAAGACUCAGCAUCCGAACCUGACUCCAGUCGCAGUUCCCCCUUUGGAUGUGGAACUUACUACAACUCAGCAUCCAUUGGAAUUUUCUGAAAAUUACACCCCAGAAAAGAAUGCCAACAAGAGCAUCAACCUAUGUGAGCUCUGUGUCUGCAGAGACGAGACACUGUCCUGUACUGGUCUUAGCCCAGAGCAGAGGCUCCACCAAGUGCCUGUGCUAGAGCCCAAGACCUACAACGGCACCUUCACCAUUGUAAAUUUCCAAGGAAACGCUAUAUCUUCCAUUGAUAAGCAUGUAUGGGAAGCAUACCACUGGACUGAGAUACUAAUUCUCAGUGAAAAUCAUUUGACUGAAUUACAUAAGGAUUCAUUUGAAGGCCUGCUCUCCCUCCAGCAUUUAGAUCUAUCUUGUAAUAAAAUACAGGCCAUUGAAAGACGCACAUUUGAAGCGCUACCUUUUCUGAAGUCUCUAAAUCUUCGUUGCAACUUAAUCAGUGAAGUGAGCUUCGGAACAUUUCAGGCGUGGCACGAGUUUCAGUUUUUAAAUGAGCUAAUUCUCAAUCAUAAUCCUCUGACUACUGUUGAAGAUUCACAUCUUUUUAAAUUGCCAGCAUUAAAAUAUCUAGACAUGGGAGCAACACACGUGUCACUUAAAACAAUUGAGAACACCAUUUUGAUGACUCUUGAAUUGGAAAAACUGAUCUUACCUAGAAAUUUGGCCUGCUGCCUCUGCCAAUUUAAAAAUAAUAUUGAGGUUGUCUGCAAGACAGUCAAGCUGCAUUGUGACAGUACAUGUCUGACAAACACCACACAUUGUCUUGAAGAGGCAUCCCUAAAGAAUCCAGAAGGAAGAUUCAUGAAGAUAUUAAAAGCUCGGAAGCAGAACACAAGCACUGAGCUGACGAUUGAGCCAGAGAAGGAUGAAGAUACACCCCUGGAUUAUUUGAAAAAAAAUACAAAUAGUCCCUCUCUUAUACCUGAAUACAAUUCACCCUACACAGAUAAAUUGAGGAAGCUCUAUUUUCUUGAAAAUUUGAUAGAUUCAGAAAUUGAAGAAAAAAUCGAUGAGGUUAAGAAGAAAGAAAAAACUGCCAUGCAUAUGCAGUCUAGUCUUUUAGGUCCCAAAGUUAAACACCAAGUGUUUCUAAAGAAAUUAGAAACUUCCCAACCAAAGGAGAACAGCCUUGCAAAGCUUGAGAGUAUCGGGGAAAGGCUGCAGAGAGUGUACAGAGUCCUCAAGGGGCGAAGAGGUGUAAAGAACAGGCACUUCAAGGAAAUGAGGGAUCAGAGCAUCAAGGAGGAUCAGAGAAUCAUUGAAGGAUCAGAGAAUCAAGAAGGAUCAGAGCAUCAAGAAGGAUCAGAGCAUCAAAUGAGAGAUGAGAGCAUCAUUGAGAGCACAGGGGAAAGGCUGCAGAGAGUGAACAGAUUCCUCAAGAGGCCAAAAGACAAGAAGAAAAAGCACUUCAAAGAAGUGAGGGAUCAGAGCGCCAAGAGGGAUCAGAGCAUCAUCGAGGGAUUAGAGCAUCAGUUGAGGGAUCAGAGCAUGACUGAGAGUGUAGGGGAAGGGCUGCAGAGAGUGUACAGGGUCUUCAAGGGGCGAAGAGGCAUAAAGAACAGGCACUUCAAAGCACUGAAGGAUCCGAGCAUCAAGAAGGAUCAGAGAAUCAUUGAGGGAUCAGAGCAUCAAGUGAGGGAUCAGAGCAUCAUUGAGGGAUUAGAUCAUCAGUUGAGGGAUCAGAGCAUGACUGAGAGUGUAGGGGAAGGGCUGCAGAGAGGGUACAGGGUCUUCAAGGGGCAAAGAGGCAUAAAGAACAGGCACUUCAAAGCACUGAGGGAUCCGAGCAUCAAGAAGGAUCAGAGAAUCAUUGAGGGAUCAGAGCAUCAAGAGGGAUCAGAGCACCGAAUGAGGGAUCAGAGCAUCAUUGACAGUGUAGGUGAAAGGCUGCAGAGGGUGAACAGAAUCCUCAAGGGGCCAAGAGGCAAAAAGAAAAGGCACUUCCAACAAGUGAGAGAUCAGAGCUUCAAGAGGGAUCAGAGCAUCUUUGAGGGGUCAGAGCAUCAAGAGGGAUCAGAGCACCACAAGAAUUCUGCUGCAGAUUCUCCUGUGACUGCAUUAAAGUCAGUGCCAACUGCUCAACAAUCCAGUGAAACACAAUGGAAAUACCACAGCCCGGAGACUGACUUACCCCUCAAGCACAAAGACUUCAGUCACCCAUCGCUUUCAUCCCCAGGUGAUCAAUUUGAAUUUCAGCUAAACCAGCACCUACAAUCCCUCAUGUCCAACAAUGACAUGAGAAGGCUUAUUUCUCAUGUUAUCCGGACUUUGAAAAUGGACUGCUCUGAGCCCCACGUACAAAUGGCUUGUGCCAAGCUCAUCUCCAGAACAGGCCUCCUGAUGAAGCUUCUCAGUGAGCAGGAGGAAUCAAAGGCAUCCAAGGCAGAAUGGGAUCCGGACCAAUGGAAAACUGAGAACUACAUCAGUGAGAACCCAGAAGCCCAGGGUGAACAGAAAGACCAGGAGUCACAUGAGCUCACUAAAUAUUUUCCAGAGUAUGGCCAUGACAACAAACUCAUCUUGGCAAUAUCUGUGACUGUCGUAGUGAUCAUUUUGAUUAUAAUUUUCUGUCUCAUUGAGAUUUAUUGUCAUAGAAAAGUACCAGAAGGAUCCCCAAGGGUGCUCCCUGCAUCAGCCCAAACAGAGGACUCGGUGUUCAUAGAUAUGCCUGAUGGGGGAGAAGAAAGCGAGGUGCCCGAGGGGAGCACAGAGUGACACCGUCCUGCCUCAGGCCACCUGCAAAUCUUAUUUUCUCACCUUUCAGCACUGCAUGUAGAAUAAUUUUUUUAAUUGAAACUUAUUAAAAUUCAUAAGCAAUUCUA